AUCUUCUCUCUUUAACUUCGCCUUCACUCAUCCUUCUUCAAUCAUGGACCGUUCUAAAAUAUCCACACUCCUCUUUCUCAUCGUCGCUUUGACCUUCCUCGCCGCCGUCUCCGCUGUCCGUGACCUUCCCGGAGAUUAUCUCCGAUUGCCUUCGGAUGCCUCACGUUUCUUCCAUGAACCUGAAAAUGAUGACAACGUUCAGGGGACUAGGUGGGCCAUUUUACUUGCUGGUUCUAACGGUUACUGGAAUUAUAGACAUCAGAAGGUUCACAACAUUCAGGUCUUCGUCUUCAACGGUCGGAUUGGUAAAACGACGUCUGUAGGGGGAGAAAUCGUGCUCGCACAGCACCAGGCUGAUGUUUGUCAUGCGUAUCAAAUACUAAGGAAAGGUGGCUUGAAAGAAGAAAACAUUAUUGUUUUCAUGUAUGAUGACAUUGCUUUUGAUAUAGAGAAUCCAAGGCCUGGGGUCAUAAUUAACAAACCAGAUGGAGGUGAUGUUUAUGCAGGAGUUCCAAAGGAUUACACUGGUGAUGAUGUUAAUGUUGACAACUUUUAUGCUGCUUUACUUGGAAAUAAAUCAGCUCUUACUGGUGGGAGUGGGAAGGUUGUUGAUAGUGGUCCCAAUGAUCAUAUAUUUGUAUAUUAUACUGAUCAUGGAGGUCCUGGGGUUCUUGGGAUGCCCGUUGGUCCUUACUUGUAUGCAUCUGAUCUGAAUGAAGUCUUGAAGAAAAAGCAUGCUUCUGGAUCAUAUAAGAGCCUAGUAUUUUAUCUGGAGGCAUGUGAAUCCGGGAGUAUCUUUGAAGGUCUUCUUCCAGAAAAUAUCAAUAUCUACGCGACAACAGCUUCAAAUGCAGAUGAAAGCAGUUGGGGAACAUAUUGCCCUGGGGAGUACCCUCCCCCUCCCCCAGAGUACUCAACCUGCUUGGGUGAUCUGUAUAGUGUUGCUUGGAUGGAAGAUAGUGACAUUCACAAUCUGCGAACUGAAAGUUUGCACCAACAAUAUAAAGUGGUUAAGGAUAGGACUAUUAAUGGAGUAUACUAUGGUUCUCAUGUGAUGGAGUAUGGUGAUGUAGGGCUUAGCAACAAUCAUCUCUUCAUAUAUUUGGGCACAAAUCCUGCUAAUGAUAAUAUUAGUUUUGUGGAUGAAAGCUCUUUGACCUUAAGAUCACCUUCAGCAGCAGUCAACCAAAGGGAUGCUGAUCUCAUCCAUUUCUGGGAUAAGUUCCGCAAAGCUCCUGAGGGUUCUGCCAGGAAAAAUGAAGCUGAGAAACAAGUUUUGGAAGCAAUGUCUCACAGGAAGCAUGUUGACAACAGUGUGGAACUGAUUGGGAAGCUCUUAUUUGGCAUUGAAAAGGGUCCUGAAUUGUUCAACACUGUUAGACCUGCUGGAUUACCACUUGUUGAUAACUGGGACUGCCUCAAAACUAUGGUAAGGACUUUUGAGACACAUUGUGGAUCCCUGUCUCAGUAUGGGAUGAAACAUAUGAGAUCCUUCGCAAACAUCUGCAAUGCGGGAAUACAGAAUGAGCAAAUGGCUGAGGCCUCAGCACAAGCUUGUUCCAACAUUCCUGCCAAUCCCUGGAGUUCUCUGCAUAGGGGUUUCAGUGCAUAGUUCCUAAAAUGUGCACUUUGUAAAUACCAACUACAAUUUCUGUUACAUUAUGUUUUAUGGUUGUAUGUAUAUACAUACCGUGCACUGGCCAUGAUCUCAUGUCAUGAUUCUGUAAAUACAACUGGGAAAUUAUUAGGACAUUGGAGUGUAGUGUUUAUCUCUGAGAAAUGAAGGAUUUCAUUACUAUGGUUUUGGAUAUAAUGAGGCACGCAUAUUUAGUGCUGGUUUAUUAAGCCUUUGUUCAUCCAAAAUCAUAGUAAUUGAGCACUCGAUUUCUUGUAAUAAAUGGAGAUGAUCUUUACAACAAUGUUAUGUCUAUGUUUUUAUUCCAUUUAUGUUGUUGUGUUAUUGCAAGAAAAACAAUUUCAAGGGAUGAUGGCUUUUAUAACAGAAGGAGGGAUAGAAGACCAACAGUUAUGCCUGUUUUGGAAAGUUCAAUAUGACAGGGAACAAGGUCAUGCAUGUUUGCCAACGUGUAUGUGGGAAAUGGCAGAUAUAGGAGUUACCCUUGACACUUUGCAACAUAAUUGACAACCAUUUGUAGAAUUAUUUUAGUUGAAUGUUAUUUUCAUACAACUAUUGUUUAAUAUUACUGUUUAAUGAUAAUGAUGGUAUUGUAUAUGUAUUUGGAAUUUCGUUAAACUAUAUUGUAAGUCUUUUUAGUUUGAUUGAAUUUUUAACUUAAA